AUGGCAACGAACAAGAGCCCGUGGCAGUUCUGGAACAGCGCAGGCGCUUCUGGGCAUGGGCAGGUGGGAAGAGCAGGGCUAAGUUUGGCUGCUGUUAGUCGGAGGAGGGAGUGGACGCUGGAGGUUGGAGGAGGAGGAGGAGGAGGAGGAGGCAGCAGCAGCAGCUGGGCAAGCCCUCCUUCUCUUUCUCUCCAUUGCUUUGGCCAAACCUGGCCUGGCCCAGCCUUGCCUCUCUUUCCUGGAGCUGGAGGAGGAGCAGCUGCCCUUGCCAUGGCUGCUGCUACUGCCACUGCCACUGCUGGUGCUGCUGCUGAGGACUCCAGCUCUCUGCCUUGGUCCAUCAACAAGGAUGACUAUGAGCUGCAGGAGGUGAUUGGGAGCGGAGCCACAGCCGUUGUCCAAGCAGCCUAUUGUACGCCGAAGAAAGAGAAGGUGGCCAUUAAGCGGAUCAACCUCGAGAAGUGUCAGACCAGCAUGGAUGAGCUCCUGAAAGAAAUUCAAGCCAUGAGCCAGUGCCAUCAUCCAAACAUCGUUUCUUACUAUACCUCCUUUGUAGUGAAAGAUGAACUUUGGCUAGUGAUGAAGCUCCUCAGUGGAGGUUCUGUUCUGGAUGUUAUUAAACACAUUGUGGCCAAAGGGGAACAUAAGAACGGAGUCCUGGACGAACCUGUAAUAGCCACAAUCCUGAGGGAAGUGUUGGAAGGACUGGAAUACUUGCAUAAAAACGGGCAAAUCCACAGGGACGUGAAAGCUGGAAACAUUCUUUUUGGAGAAGAUGGCUCUGUUCAGAUUGCAGAUUUUGGUGUUAGUGCUUUUUUAGCCACUGGUGGAGACAUCACUCGAAACAAAGUGAGGAAAACCUUUGUGGGCACACCUUGUUGGAUGGCACCUGAAGUGAUGGAGCAGGUCAGAGGCUACGAUUUCAAAGCAGACAUCUGGAGUUUUGGGAUCACGGCAAUUGAGCUGGCGACAGGAGCGGCUCCUUACCACAAAUAUCCCCCCAUGAAGGUCUUAAUGUUAACGCUGCAAAAUGACCCACCUUCACUGGAGACAGGUGUACAAGACAAGGACAUGUUGAAAAAGUACGGAAAGUCAUUCAGGAAGAUGAUCUCAUCAUGCCUGCAAAAAGACCCCGAGAAAAGACCAACAGCGGCUGAACUUCUAAGACAUAAAUUUUUCCAGAAAGCAAAGAAUAAAGAAUUUUUACAAGAAAAAAUGCUGCAAAGAGCACCAACAAUCACGGAAAGAGCCAAAAAGGUCCGGAGAGUCCCUGGCUCCAGUGGUCGCCUUCAUAAGACGGAAGACGGAGGCUGGGAAUGGAGUGACGAUGAGUUAGAUGAAGAGAGCGAAGAAGGCAAAGCAGCCAUUUCACAGCUCAGGUCUCCCAGAGUGAAAGAAUCGUUACAGAAUUCAGAGCUCUUCCCGUCAGCUGAGCCUACAGGCCCAUUGCUCAACGUCCCGGCCCAGAUUCCCGCUCAACUACCUCAGCCUGCGGGCCAAGCUCCCGCACAACCGUCUCCAGCUGCCCCUCUUCCAGCUUCUCAGGCACCUCCGGCGGCUCCUCCGGCGGCACAGGCACCUCCUGCCCCUGCUGCAGCCCCAGCACAAGAGGAACCGAAAGUCCCCAUCAGCCUUGUUCUAAGGUUAAGGAAUUCAAAAAAAGAACUCAAUGAUAUUCGAUUUGAAUUCACGCCUGGAAGAGAUACGGCUGAUGGGGUCUCCCAGGAACUCAUCUCAGCAGGCCUUGUGGACGGCAGAGACUUAGUAAUAGUUGCCGCCAACUUACAAAAAAUUGUGGAAGAGCCCCAGACGAAUCGAUCUGUCACUUUCAAACUGGCUUCUGGCGUCGAAGGCUCCGACAUCCCCGAUGACAGCAAGCUCAUUGGGUUUGCACAGCUCAGCAUCAAUUAAAAAAAAAGACACUCCCCUUCGACGGUCCCCGUGGGUGCAACAAUCGAGCGCUUCUGUUGGCCUAAAAGCAAAACCACUACUGCCAAAGAACCAAACGACAGGCCCCUUUCUUAGAAGCUUUAACCUCAGUUGUUUUCCGGAUAGCAUCGCCACGUCUCCUGGUGCCACACACAUGCGCACACACACACACCCCUCGGCUUCUCAUCCCCUCGCAGGCAGUUCUCGCCUUUUCCUUCAUCAGAUGUGCAGACCCAUCCUGUCCUCACCUGCAUGGUUGUAGUUUGAUUAUUGCCUUAAUUAUUUAAGAAAAGCAAAGGAAGGGAGAGAGAUUGACAAAAAACUAAAAAGCAGAUGUACUACUGAGAGUCACAAAUGGGUUUCCACGACUCUUCACUGGGUUGGUUUCGUUCUUUUGACCGAAUCGUUUUUCUUUGACCAUAUAGAGCUGUCACAUAACCGCAAAGGUGUUGUUUUUUUUUUGUAAGAUGGACCCAUGUGGUCAAAGAAAAGAAGACCAGACAUAAGACUGAAUUAUUGCAAUUUCUUGCAAAGUCUGCAGAGAGUGAGUUUGAAAGCCUUUAAGGGGAUUAUUUGAAUUCCUUUAAGGUGCAGAUAGUUAGCCUUAAUUUCCCAUUGAAUGCAAAAAUAACUGAUGGAGGGUAUUUUCUGGUUUCUCAUAAUGCUCUAUUUGCAAUCUCUGUGAAAUUCCCCAGGUCCACAGCUCCAUCCUGUUGGAUAUCUGCUCUCUUAAAACUCUACUUGCUUCUGCUGUUGUGUUGUCACAAUAGUCUCAAAUGCAGUAACAGCUGUGGGACAAGCAGAGUUUUAUGGGAUGUCUGAAAUAGGUGCAUCCAUUUCUCUAACCUGGAAGGUUGCAAAUGGAACAUAGUAUAUUUCUUCCUCCAUGUCCCAUCUGCUUUUUACAACUCAUAGACACCAGUUUUCCCUCUAAAUUGGCAUUUCCUAUCUUGUCAAGUCAGCACCUCCAUUGUGAUCAUGGGGAUGCUAAUACAGGCAUGGGCAAAAUUUGGCCCUCCAGGUGUUUUGGACUUCCACAAUUCCUAACAGCCAAAAGGCUGAGUUGUUGUGAGUUUUCCAGGCUGUAUGGACAUGUUCCAGAAGUAUU